UGGUCCAGGCAUUAGUUCAAGAAGAACCACACAGAGGCAAAAGCUCAAGACAAAGGAAACUAGGAGACUGCUGGGAUCCUUCAGCACAUUUCAGCAACAGAGCGAUUAUCACUCAAAGAAUUCUAAAACAAUAGGUAAGAUGUCCUCAGCGAAGGGAAUAUCUAUUGGCAUUGAUCUGGGCACCACCUACUCAUGUGUCGGGGUUUUCCAGCAUGGCAAAGUGGAGAUCAUUGCCAACGAUCAGGGCAACAGGACCACACCCAGCUAUGUGGCCUUUACUGACACAGAGAGGCUCAUUGGAGAUGCUGCCAAGAACCAGGUUGCCAUGAACCCCACCAACACAGUCUUUGAUGCCAAACGGCUCAUCGGGAGGAAGUUUAAUGACCCAGUAGUCCAGUCCGAUAUGAAACUCUGGCCUUUCAAAGUGAUCAGUGAUAACGGAAAGCCCAAAGUCCAGGUGGAGUAUAAAGGUGAGACCAAGACCUUCUACCCAGAGGAAAUCUCCUCCAUGGUCCUGGUUAAAAUGAAGGAGAUAGCUGAGGCCUAUCUGGGACAGAGGGUGUCAAAUGCAGUCAUCACAGUUCCAGCUUAUUUCAACGAUUCCCAGAGGCAGGCUACCAAGGACGCUGGGGUGAUCUCUGGACUAAAUGUUCUGAGGAUAAUCAACGAGCCCACAGCAGCAGCCAUUGCCUACGGCCUGGAUAAAGGUAAAAGAGGAGAGCGCAAUGUACUAAUCUUUGACCUAGGUGGUGGCACCUUUGACGUGUCCAUCCUGACCAUUGAGGAUGGCAUUUUUGAGGUGAAAGCCACUGCAGGAGACACACAUCUUGGUGGAGAGGACUUUGACAAUCGGAUGGUCAACCAUUUUGUGGAGGAAUUUAAAAGAAAACACAAGAAGGACAUUAGCCAAAAUAAGAGAGCGGUGAGGAGGCUGCGUACAGCUUGUGAGAGAGCGAAGAGGACCCUGUCCUCCAGCACUCAGGCUAGCAUCGAGAUUGACUCUCUGUUUGAGGGCAUUGAUUUCUACACCUCCAUCACAAGGGCACGUUUUGAGGAGCUCAACUCAGAGCUCUUCAGGGGAACACUGGAGCCAGUUGAGAAAGCCCUGCAAGAUGCCAAGCUGGAUAAGUCCAAGAUCCAUGAAAUUGUCCUGGUUGGUGGCUCCACAAGAAUUCCCAAAAUCCAGAAGCUUUUGCAGGACUUUUUUAAUGGCAGAGAACUGAACAAGAGCAUCAACCCAGAUGAAGCUGUGGCCUACGGUGCAGCAGUUCAGGCUGCUAUCCUCAUGGGUGACACUUCAGAGAACGUCCAAGAUCUGCUGCUGCUGGACGUGGCUCCCCUGUCUCUGGGUAUUGAGACUGCAGGUGGAGUUAUGACGCCUCUAAUCAAACGAAACACCACCAUCCCCACCAAGCAGACUCAGAUCUUUUCCACGUAUUCAGAUAACCAGCCAGGUGUGCUGAUUCAGGUGUAUGAGGGUGAGAGAGCCAUGACCAAGGACAACAACCUCCUGGGCAAGUUUGAGCUCACAGGUAUCCCUCCUGCGCCCCGAGGUGUGCCACAGAUUGAGGUAACUUUCGACAUCGAUGCCAAUGGCAUUCUGAAUGUGUCCGCCGUUGACAAAAGCACAGGCAAAGAAAACAAAAUCACCAUCACCAAUGACAAGGGCCGCCUUAGCAAAGAGGAGAUAGAGCGGAUGGUGCAGGAGUCCGAAAAGUACAAGGCUGAGGACGAUAUGCAAAGGGAGAAGAUUUCAGCAAAGAACUCACUAGAGUCAUACGCCUACCACAUGAAGAGCAGUGUCGAGGAUGAGAACAUGAAAGGAAAGAUUAGCGAGGUAGAUAAAAAAAUGGUAAUUGACAAGUGCAACCAGACAAUCUCCUGGCUGGAGAACAACCAGCUGGCAGAAAAAGACGAGUAUGAGCACCAGCAGAACGAACUAGAAAAGGUGUGCAAGCCAAUUGUGACCAAGUUAUACCAGGGAGCAGCACCUUCAGGAAGCUGUGGCAGCCAGGCAGGUGGCAGCUCUACAGGACCCACUAUUGAGGAAGUGGACUAAAACCAUGGAUGCUGGCAUUUUGUUUACGGAAAUAUUUUGGUCAUAUCGCUGUUCUUUGAUACUGAAAGUGAUUUCACUGCUCUUCUCUCUUGACAUGUCCUAAUAAACAUGCAUUUUGAAAACAUGAACCUGUCUU